CCAACCUUCAACUAUAGUUCACCGUACUGGACAAACAAGGCUACUUUUGCAGUUGAAGAUGGACUUGAAGGACUAACAGAAAAAGAAAGCAAAUUGGCAUCUUACUGGAACACUCCUUUUACGAAAAUAUGUCUUGGUAUGACUAUUAAUGGUAACAGGAGGUGGAUGCUGCUAGAAUACAAAGCAGAUUCCCUUUACAGCGUGAUUGCAGACGGUCAAUCCAGAAACACAACUGCUGGAAUAGAGAAUUGGAAAUCUCUCAUAGCUGGCUCCUUCUUACAACCCUACUGCAACUAUGAGAGCUUCAACAUAAAUUUCAUCAACCCUCCAAAUUUUUCUCUGCGUGCCCGACUUGGUUUGGCUGCGAACAAUCAGGAUAAUUGUUUGUCCUGUGACUCUUGGAUUGGUUUUGGCGUACACUGGCGUAGUAAUUGUAAAACAAGUGAAGCAUUUCGUGCCUGUGGAAAUGCAUUCAUGUGCGGGAAUAAUGUUAUAGAUAACCCAGCAUUUGGAUAUAUUUUGGUGCACUAA